GGCAACUUGAGGCUGCGACUGAGAACUCCCUCAUGCCGAACCAGUAUUGGAUAGGAUUCUCUUUUAAUUAGGGAUGAUUUUUUCACUAUUGGUUCUCGCAAGCUUCGCCUCGUUCACUUGUGCAAGUCGGAUCUCUUGCAGGGGUAUUGGCAGUGAUAAAAAGCCAGAAAACUGUUCUCACGGAGCAGUGGAAGUACGGAAAAAAUGGGUUUGUGCCAAAGGCCCUGGAGAAAGGUGAAGAUUAAUUUUGAAUGAUUGUAUACCUACGACUAAACAAAGUUAUUAAAUUUCGUGCAUUAUCAAAGAAAGAGACAAUUACAAGCAACAAUCAGAGAGAGUUAGAAAAAAAAAUAGGUGUGGAGGUUACCAGGAGCUAUGGGGGAAGUGCGGAUUGGGGAUGUACUGCGACAAUUGCGGCUUAUGCAGAGGUUGUUCCACUCAAGUCCUGAUUGAUUAUAACAGAUCCGUCUGCAACAAUACCACUUGCACCAGACAACCAUAUUAUCCUGGUUAUUCAUGACACAAUCAACGUAUAAAUGUUUUAAUUUAUACACAGUUUAAAUAGAAUUGUGCCAAUAUGUGUAAAAAGUAUAAUUUAAAACAGAACAUAAUUUAUUUCAUCAAGUUCUUUGAACAAUAGUAGGUGAUCCGUUCUAUGUAACCGACAAAACCCUAAACCAUGACCAUAAUACCCCAUUUGUCCAAAACCUUUUCCUAGAAAAAUUAUCCUAAUUUCACCAAAACCUUUUACACCUCUCAAAUCUCCUUGCACAAUCCCUAUUCAGCUCAACCCAUCCCUACAAACCUCCUCGAAGGCUAAAGUGAGAGGCUUUGGGAUCUCCUUAACUUCCGAUUUUCCUUUCAAAUUUGUGGGAAAAGGCUCGGAGUUCUGAACAUUUGUAAAUAUUGUAUUUAAGUAUGUCUGUAUUUAAGUUGUUAUUUUGAUUAGUAUGAGUUUCUUUUGUUUUUAUGUAUUUAUUUAUUAUUAGUUUCAUUAUUAAGGUGUUUUUUUUAUUUUAUUUGUAGUACAUAUAGCGUAUAUGAGCUACUCUAUCAUUAUUAUCAAUGUUCUUAAUUGUGACAAAAUGUAAUAUUACUUAAAAAAGAAAUUUAAAAUAUAUUAAAAAAAUAUUACAUAAAUGAUUUUUUUUUUUUUUCUCAAACGAAAACGUAACACCUAUUCAAGUUUUUCCUUGAAUAUGGACGAUUUCAAAUAAACUCUUCUUUAUUAUUCAAACAAAUGAAAACAAUUUUUUUUACUAUUUUGAACCUGAUCACUUCAAAUUUUAGCGCUUUUGAUUCAAUUAAAAACUAAAUGAACUUUACAUGCGGUGGUACAAAAAAAUUAUGCCAUUGCCAACACCACUAAUUUA